AUGAAGUUAUCAAAGAUAGUUGCACUCUCAACCUUGGUUGCUACCGGUUAUGGAUUUGGUUUCAAUCGUCGCGACACAACGUCUGAUGUGUCGUCAUUACCCACUGGUUUGACUUAUGGUACUGCAAGCGGUUCUGUGCCACCUGUUUCCUUGCCAUCUCCGAUCUCGAGUGAUGCAAUUCCAUCGGAUUCACUUCCAUCAUCUAUUCCCGGUUCUAUUCCACCAGUAUCCUUGCCAUCGCCAAUCUCAAGCUCCUAUCCACCAGGCUAUUUCCCAUUAGCACUCUCUGAUUCCAUUCCACCAGUUUCCUUACCUUCACCUAUCUCAAGUGAUUCCAUUCCACCAGUUUCCUUACCUUCACCUAUUUCAAGUGAUUCUGUACCACCAGUUUCUUUACCUUCACCUAUUUCAAGUGAUUCUGUACCACCAGUUUCCUUACCUUCUCCUAUUUCAAGUGAUCUGGUCUCAUCUGUACUUUUGCCAACUACAACUUCUGGUGACACCAGUCCACCAGUCUCAUCGCCUUCGCCUGUUACGGUAUCGCUGAGCACAACACCUACUGUAUCACUUCCAACGGUAUCAUUUAGUGACUCAGUUGAGUCGUCAAGUACAACAUCUGAGAGUGACAGUUAUUCAUCCUCAUCAAGCUCAGACGCGUAUUCAUCCUCACUGGAUGAGAUCACAACCACCAUUACAACUACUGAGAUCACAACCACCACCUGCCAUAAUGAUGACUGCCACACCGUCACCAUUACUACUGGCGUCACAACCAUCACCGAGACUGGUACCACGUACACCACGUGGUGUCCGAUUGAAACUGAGACAAUAACAGUCCCGUCCACUACAAUCGAAACUACUUGUAUCACAAUCACUGAAUGUGACCACCACGGCUGUUCAACCAAACCAGUCACGACUGGAGUGACAACAAUAACAGAGAUUGAAACAACUUAUACCACGUGGUGCCCCAUCCCCACAGAAACCGUCACAAUUCCAGAGACAACCAUUGUAACAAUCACUGAAUGCAAGUAUGAUUAUUGUACCACAAAGCCUGUUACUACUGGGGUCACGACUAUUACCGAUGUUGAAACAACUUAUGUGACUUGGUGCCCAUUGCCAACUGAAACUGUAACUGUGCCAGAAACAACAGUUGUUACAAUCACAAAAUGUGAAAAUGAUGUUUGUACAACGGCCCCAGUAACUACUGGUGUAACUACAAUUACUGAAGUUGAAACAACCUACACCACUUGGUGCCCAUUGCCUAUUGAGACGGUUACAGUUCCAACUACAACUAUAAUCACUAUGACCUGGUGUGAGUAUGGUGAAUGUACCACAGCCAAAGUCACCACGGGUGUAACUACAAUUGCCGAUCAUUGGACAACGUACACCACCUGGUGUCCAAUCACGACCUCAACAACCUCUUUGCAACCACCACCACCACCACCAAUUUCUUCAUCUGCACCUCCACCACCACCACCCCCGGCACCGUAUGAAACUACUGAGACGGAAAUCAUAGCUACUACAAUCACCAUCACUUCUUGUACUGAUUACCAUUGUGUUCCCGUUGUAAUCACCACUGGUGUGACAACUCACACCGAGUAUGAUACUACGUACACAACAUAUUGUCCCUUACCAGACGAGACUACAUACACCUAUCACUCGUCAGAUAACACCACAGUUCCACUCCCCUCAGACGAAACUACAGUCACUAUUGAUCCAACAGAGGAAUCUACAAUCUCAAUAUCAACCGUUGAUCCAUCGUCUGGUUCAGAAACUUUCUCCACGUUCCUUUCGGAUGGAGACUCAACGGACUCAUCUGUUGUCAGUGGAAUUUCAAAGGGAAUCACAUCAAGUCUGGACACGUUUAGCGAUACAACUACGUGGGACACGUUUGAGACACCAUCCAGUGAAUCUGGCAUCUUUACAAUCUUGCCAAUCUCUGAAUCCAGUGGUAUUGUAGCUAGGGAGGUGGACAAGGACGUUUCAGCGAUAUCAAAUUCCGGGUCUUAUAACAAGUUGUCAGUGUUUGUGGGAAUUUUGGCCAUAUGUUUCUUGAUGAUUUGA